AGAGAAGAGAAACUUCCACCGGCGGUAGUAGCAACCCGGUUAGUACACCCCGCGUGCGCGCGGCUGCAGGUGUUGCAUCCCGAGAGAGAGAGAGAGAGAAGCCCGUCCCGGUUGACCCCGUGUGAGUGUGAGUGCGUGAGUGCCCCCCUGGCGGUCCGAGUGCGUGCUGGAAGAUCGCGAGUCGUUCGAGCGGCUGCUCGUGAUCCUGGACGUGUCUCCGGCGUGUUCCCGACGUUCGACUCGAGGGACUCCGCGACGACCUCGCCCUGACCGCGGUGACUCGCGUCUAUCAGCUGGAAUUCCGUUCGUGCAUCUUCCGACCACGGCGCUCCAUGUGCAUCACCUGUGAGGAGGAGGAGGAGGUAGCUGUGACCGAGCUCCGGUCGUCUGCGUAGAGGAGGCGGACGCGGAGAUGCAGUAGGGUGUAACGAGAGAGAGAGAGAGAGAAAGAGAGCGAGAAAAAGGCGGAAAAAUGUGCGGGGACGGUGCGCGUUUAGAGGACGACGAGGACCGUUACACCGGCGUGCUGCCGCAACGGCCGGACACCUGCAACGAGGACUCUUACCUAAGAUCGGGCAGGCCGUCCAGCCUGUUCCGGACAAGUUUCAGCAGUGCUCGGCUGGAAACGCUCUACCGCGCCUCCUCGCUCCAACAGCGUCGCGGCGGCCUCCAGUGCUUCCUGAUGUCGGCGAUUCUCUACGGGAUUUACACGGUGUCGUCUCCCGACCCGGAGCUGCCGUCGCGCAGCCUCACCGCGGUGUUCCUCGGCCUGAACCUCGUUCUGCUGGUCUGGGCCAAGCACGGCACGAGGAAGAAGGAAGCGCAGUCGGCGUGGACGUGGACGGCGGCGCCGUACUUCGUAUGGCAGCUGUGCACCGUCGAGCUGCUCCUUCAGCUGUUCGUCAAGAACACCGACGUCACGCCGAGAGACGGCCUAGGUUGGCUGCUGCUGUUCCUCUACCUGCUCUUCGCCACCUUGCCGCUCAGGCUAUCCCACUGCGUGUUCCAUGCGUGCGGCACAGCGCUCACGUACAUCUUCAUCGUCGUCGGCCUCUCCAAGGCGCCGGAGCAGAUACCAUACGAUGUUCUGAUCCUGACGGUGACACUCUCGGCCGGCGCCGCUGUUUUGGGUGCUUCCAGCUACUGCCUGGCGGAGUUCCAGCAGCGCCGGGAGUUCCUGGAGACCAGGCAGAGCCUGGAAGCACAAUUGAUGUUCGAGGAGCAGAGCACGGAGCAGGAGCGACUGCUGCUCAGUGUCCUGCCGGAGCACGUCGCGGUCAUGAUGCGGCAGGACCUCGGCGCCUCCCUCGACACGCAGUUCAAGAAGAUCUACAUGUCCAGGCACGAAAACGUGUCGAUACUUUAUGCCGACAUAGUCGGCUUCACCGCGAUCUCGUCGACCUACAGCGCCAGCGAGCUGGUCAAGAUACUCAACGAGCUCUUUGCGCGAUUCGACCAGCUCAGCGAACGAUACGAGCAGUUGCGCAUCAAGAUCUUGGGGGACUGUUACUACUGCAUAAGUGGUGCACCCGUGGAGAGGCCAGACCACGCGGUCCUCUGCGUGCAUAUGGGGCUCUCCAUGGUGGAGGCGAUCAAGUAUGUUCAACAGACGACAAACAGUCCCGUCGACAUGAGGGUGGGCAUUCACACGGGUGCGGUGCUCGCCGGGGUGCUCGGACAGAGACAAUGGCAAUUCGACGUCUACAGCAAGGACGUCGAGCUAGCGAAUAAGAUGGAGAGCAGUGGCAUGGCCGGGAGGGUACACAUCUCGAACGCGACGCUGAGCUUCCUGAACGGCGAAUUCGAGGUCGAGCCGGCUCACGGCGAGCAUCGGGAAGAGGCGCUCCAAAAAGCUGGCCUUGUCACUUACUUUAUAGUAAGGGCCUUGAAGCCGUUUAAGCCGGCGGUGACGAAGAGUCUGGCGUCGCUGGCGGACGCGGAAAAUUCGCGGAGGACAAUGGAGAACGCGCCGGACAGUAGGAACAAUAAGGAGGACUCGGAGGAGUUUCGGCAACGGCUGAGAAAGAAACUCGACAGAGGUGGUGGCACCGACCUGAAAUGUCACGCCUCCUGGUUGACUCUGCGGUUCAAGGAUCCGAAGGUAGAGACGGCCUUCCACAGCGCCGAGGAGGCUUUCUCACCCCUCUCGCUGUUCGGCGGACCCCUGGUGACCCUCUGCGCGGCUCCCGUCUGGAGGUUUCAACCCUGGGGACCGUUCACGUGGGGUGGCGCCGGGGUAGUCGCCCUCUUCGGCGUCGUGUUGGCUGGGGCGACCUGUCUAGGCAGCGCUGUCAGGGCGACGUGGCUCAGAAAAACCCUCGCAAUCUUGAUGGCAUUCUCCCUCACGGAAUUUCUGCUGUUAGACAUGAGUAACUGUGCGAUCAUCACCGACGUCGAGCCACCACCAACGAACUCGACAAACUGGACUCCACGGUGCCCGUAUCCUUCUUACUACUCGUACAUUGGCGUCCUCGCGCUGGUCGCAAUCUCGAUGCCGACGUAUCUCUGUUACUUGUACAAGGCGUUCCUGAUGUACAUCCUUGCCGGCGGACAGUGCUGCUACAACAUAAUGUUCCUCACACCGACCAUCGACAGGGAGGAUGCGAUGGCAAAUAUUGGACGGGAGGUUCGUUUCCCUCUGAGAUACUCGCUGUCAGCCAUACUGCUCAUCAUCGCGACCGCGUUGGUCAUCGUGGCGAGAUACGCUGAGAAGGCGCGAAGGAUGCUGUAUCUGAGAGGACGAGAGGUAAUCGCGCAGAAGGAGCGUGCGGCGGACAUGAAGCGGAGGAACGGCAUGCUGAUAUACAAUAUCCUGCCGCCGCACGUGGCCGUGCAUUUUCUCUCAAGCGCGAAGCAUCACGACGACCUCUACAGUCAGAGCUACGCCGAAGUCGGUGUGUUGUUCGCCAGUAUACCGAAUUUCGCGGACUUCUACACCGAGGAGACCAUCAACAAUCAAGGACUCGAGUGCUUGAGGUUCCUGAACGAGGUCAUCUCCGAUUUCGACGCCAUUCUUGAUCAGAAUAAAUUCAAGGAUACCAUUAUCAAGAUCAAGACGAUAGGAUCAACCUAUAUGGCUGCUUCGGGAAUUACCGAGUCGGUCGUGUCGGAGGACGGUCCCCGAUGGGGCCAUCUCUCCACUCUCGUGGAAUUCGCCCUGGAGCUUAAGAAAGCCCUGUCGAGCAUCAACGAGCAAAGCUUCAAUCAUUUCGUUCUGAAAAUGGGCAUCAAUCAUGGGCCGGUGACCGCUGGAGUCAUCGGGGCGAGAAAGCCUCAUUACGACAUUUGGGGUAACACCGUCAACGUCGCGUCGAGGAUGGAGAGCACAGGAAAAGUCGGCUGCAUUCAGGUGACCGACGAAACGCGGCGGAUCCUGGAGCCGUUCGGCUUCGGCUUCGAGCAGCGAGGUCUCGUCGACGUAAAGGGCAAAGGACAACUGUUGACGCACUACCUUAUCUCCAAAGACGGCGUGUCUCUGGACCUCGACAGUGAUCUUCCCGUCGAGCCUACCCAUCCUAUAAUCUACCAGUAAUAUACUCGAAGGCUCUAAUUUGAACGAGAAAAGUCACGACCUCUCUCGAGAGGUGUCAGAUCGAAGGUUGAGGUUCCUUCUGCAUCCUCGGGUCGCUUGAUCGACGACGAGCGAGAAGAAGCAGGAGCUGACGAACCACGAUCGUCUUUGUAUCGACCGAACGGUUUUCCUUCAAGAGCGUUCGGCGAACUAAACGUAAUGUCGUAGAGAGCUCUCUAAAUGUGUUAGCAUCCUCGUGUCUCGGAAGGAGGGAACAGCACGCGAAGGAAGAUGUUUUGAACGGACAAGUCGGGCGGGACCGACUUGGUGAAGAUCGUUUUCGAGUGUCAUCGUGCGUCGCCAUAUUGCCAAGUCAUCGUUGACGGAUCGAUCGAUUAAGUUGAAGAGAGAAGAAACACACAGCCGCCGGUGACUGUUCACCGUUCACGUCUAACGUUUACACGCGCAAACUCGCGAAAGAGUCGCGACCUUCUCUCUUCGAUGCCUUUCUUAAGGAAGGCGAAAAUUGCACAAGCCGCUGGCCCCUCGCGAUUUUCGUCCGAUCUGAGACUCGUCGCCGAGAAAGAAGCGUCGCGACCGUGCUGUCCGCAUUCACAGCGAGGCUGUGUCGAAUUCGUACAGGGUAUAUCCGAAACCAAACGUAGUAGAUUUAGAGGAAACUGCGCGAGCUGAAAUCGUGUGGAACGAUACUUUGAUGCCACCGUGUAAAUAACGCCGUGCGGGGAAGAACACGCGCGGAAUAUCCCCUCGAAGUAAACGUACAAAUAAUCACUCCGUUUGUGGCGAGUCUCGUAUACUCCGCUAAGUCUGAUUUCUCUCUCCAAGUCGCAUCGGUCAGAUGCUUGGUUGCCGACGUGCAUGUUGUGCGAGAAUAAUUCGCGGAUCCUAUCAGUGUCGGACGACCUCCCAUCGAUACUAGCAAUAACUUAAGGGAAGAGAAAGGGAGAGAGAGAGAGAGAGAGAGAAAGCGAAAAACUCAAAAGAGCGAAAGUAAAAAUGUUAAGGAAGUAAUUCAAAGGAAGUACAAAGUUAUAUCUGUUUUCGUGUCUCACCGAUUUAGAUCACCGGCGUUCGUACAUGACACAAUCUAUCGUUCAUCCGAUUACAAAUCGCUCGGAGCAGAGGAAUAGCGAUUACGAGAGAUAGACGAUUUAACAAGCGGCAUCUUCUUAGAAACUUAGAACUGUAUUUACCUUCCGGACUAGCCUCCGGACACACAUCAUCCGUAGGACGCACACUCGUGCGAGAUACAUCGAAGAGAUGCAGUAUGUGUACAACGGAAGCACUUGGCGAAACAAGAGAAUAAAAAGGCGGAAGAAGCAAAGAAGAAAAAAAAUCACAAGACCAUAAACGUGCGCCGUAAAUUAGAAAAACAGAAGAAGAAAGGGAGAAAAAAAGACCAUCACCGAUACGGUAAUAAUUUAUUUUUCUACAGUCGCCGAGUUUAUCACAGACCAAGAUGACUCGAGUACGUAAAACGCACACGAGGAGAAGCUUGAAGUGGUUUUCUACUGACUCUUUCGUUACGUUUCGACGGCGCACAUACCGCUUUAUCGCAACACGAAAUACAUAGGUCUCUGUUGCGCGUGUUUGGGAGAGCAUCUUCUAUUCGAUCUUGGUCUCAAAUUCGGCUAGAAAUCGAAUCAGAGGUGCAGCGUUGAAGAUCGCACGCUAUUCGCGGCCGCGUUGAAUGUAACGAGAGGGUUGCGAGAGAAUAUAUGAGAGAGAGAGAGAGAGAGAGAAGGAAAAGAAGAGAGUACAAUGAAGAAUUGAAUAGUAUCAAGAACACACACACACACACACACACACAUACAUAAGGAAGCCACGGCCUAAAAGCGCGAGGCGAAGCUGAAGACAGAUCGAACGAAUCGUUCCAAGAAGAAAUGCGAUACAUUUCAGGAUCGCUCCACGAAUCGCAUCCUUCUAUUUCCGGUCGAUUUCUCGUCCGCGUAAUUGCAACAAAUACACAUACACACGUACACAUAGUUUCCGUGAGUCGAUCGAUCGAUAUGCAAGCAGAGAGGGUGAAAGAGCGAUUGAUACGUGGCACAAGUUUUCCUUCGUGAAAAAUCAAUCGAUCGAAGGAGAAAUUUACGUCCGAAGUUAAUCUUUGCGAUUUUGCAAAGUUUCAUUCGGCAUUGUUUUCCACGAGGCCGUCACGCGGAUAACGACGACGACGACGACGAUGGGAGACGCGCAGAACGACCCGAGCGAAAGAACGCGUACAUAGUCGUGUAAGGGAAAUAUAUCACUGUAGAUACCUUAGCACACCUUAGAUGUGACAAAACGGGCUCGAGGAACGAAGGGGGAUAUUUGAGUCGUGAAACUUUCAUAUUUCCUAGCACGACAAGCGGACACACGCGUGAAGAGAGGAAGAUCAAAGGGUGAUCGCGGAAUUAGACGAGAAACCCCAUUCCUGCGAAGUCUCGGCGAAGUGAUAAAUAGCGCCUUCGCCUACGAGAGAGAGAGAGAGAGAGAAUAUUUUUGUUUUCACAAAGAAGCGCCAUUCUCGCGAUUCAUUCGUCGAGAUCCGAAGGGUGCUGCGCGCUGAAUUCAAGACAGGCUUUUGAUCACGCUACGUCAGGUUGGCUCGAGACGCGCUUCGAAAUUGUGGUCCUAAGCUCGCCUCGGGACGAGAGACGACCAGGAUAUUGAGAUGAUGUGACGACGUCUUAUGAAAAUAACUUGCAAAUAAGACGAGCUUAAACACAACAGAAGCUUGGCCUAAUAAAGCGCUGAUGCGAGACUACGAAGCCGCGAGUAACUUAGCAUAAAUUCUUUCGCGAGAGAGAUAGAGAAAGAAAGGGAAACAAGAUGACGAUCGAGAGCAAUCCUCCCGAAACUCAGUUUAAGUUCCAAAUACGAAUGAGCCUGCGAAUCUCUGUUCUGGAGCGGGACACUUCGUCGAUUAUCGAUUCAGUUGUUUCGCAAAGCUGGUUCGCGAAUCAAGUCCAUUUCUUAAGCUUCUAGGUUCGCGCCGAUCGAGGAGACGAGCGGCGAAGUGUUAGCGUUAAAGGAACAACAUUAGUAUCUUUGUAAAUAAACUUCGAAUUAGAAUCCUGUGAAUUCUGUGAAUUCUGUGAAAGUAAAGCGAAAUUAAUGGAA